AAACAAACCAGUGUUAUGGAAUAUUACCCAAAGGUAAGAAAUGUGAGCGCGGUUGCGUCACAGUAGUCCGUCAAAGAUCCAGUGUCCACACUUCACGGGCAGAAGUAAACAGUGACGUCACGAAGCGUCAUCGAGGCGAUAAAAAGUCGAUUUUAUUCGCACAAGUUCGGCCAGCUGACUGCGUCCCCCUCCCCGCACGCCGACGCUGCACGCACUGAAUUUUCAGUGUGGCGAGAUUUCAGGGCGAGGGAGACAGGUAUAGGGGGAACGGUGCGAGGGAAAGAGACGAGGGUAUGAGCGCGCGCGGCUGGGCCCGGCGCGGUGGGCGGGCGUGCUCCGGAUGAUGUAUAGAGUGGUGGAGUUAGGUUCAAAUUGGUCCGGGAAGUGGCCGAGAUUAGAGCCAGCGCGGGCCGCAACGCGCCGCGUACGUAAGCCCACUUAAGACUGUUUUUAAUACUAGUAUUUUUUACGCGAUCCCGACAGGAUUUAGCGGAUAAGCGACGUCGCCGCGAUCGUGCGCUUUGAUUUAUCGGUAUCGGAUUCGUAUUUGGUUUGUUCUCUGGUGUAUACGGUAGUGGGUGACGGGCGUGCGCGUGGUCGUCUAAUCCGCGGCUUGUACCAGAUUAUGACGGAUAUCAUCGGAUUGCGUGUACACAAACUGUGAGGACCCGUCCAGCUCGCCAGCAUCACCUGUCCGCGCCAUCUCUCAUAUUUGUCUUGGUUACAAGAAUGUGGAAACGCGCGUGAUCCGUGAACCGAUCACCUGCGCGCGCGCUUCUUUCGACCACCGUCAGAACAGGCAUCAUCAUUCACCUCCGGGUGUACAAAGAGGCGCUAGCGGCCGGAAUGGAGCCGCUAAGCGAGAACGGGCUCUGUCUAUCCGAGCUCGAGCUGCACGGAGGGGGUCACUUGCACGAGUCCGUGGCCGCGUCCGUGGGCUCUGCGAUCUCAAGCCUCAUGGCCCCCUUGCAUCAUGAGCCCCAACACACACCCCUCCAUCACGCACCGCCGCUGCAUCACGAACCGCUUGAAAAGCUCAAAUUAUGGGCAGAGACUGGCGAGUUCCGGGAUAGUGGCCACUCAUCAUUGGCGUCAGUUGGAUCAGGAGUUGAGCAGUCAUCACUCUACGCGCCACCACGACCUAGACGCGACAGGAAACCCACUGACGACAGUGAGUAUUUUUGCAAUCGUCCGCUAACGUCGGAGCCGACGAUAAAGACGGAGUCAACGACUCCGGGGGUCGGGCCCGACGAGCCUUCGAUGGACGACAAGGGUGACAAGAAAAACAAGAGACAGCGCCGCCAGAGAACACAUUUCACCAGCCAACAGCUGCAAGAACUUGAAGCCACCUUCGCAAGAAACCGCUACCCAGACAUGUCCACGCGCGAGGAGAUCGCCAUGUGGACCAACCUCACGGAAGCGAGAGUUAGGGUGUGGUUCAAAAACCGGAGAGCUAAAUGGCGGAAACGGGAAAGAAACGCCAUGAACGCUGCAGCUGCCGCCGCUGCAGACUUUAAGAACGGUUUCAGCACGCAGUUCAACGGCCUAAUGCAGCCCUUCCCCGACACUGACGCGCUGUACUCGUCGUAUCCAUACAACAACUGGGCUGCUAAAGUGCCAAGCCCUCUCGGCACUAAGAGUUUCCCAUGGCCAGUAAACCCGCUAGGCUCAGUGGUACCCGCGAGCCAUCACCAGGGCUCUGUGAACUGCUUCAACACCGCGACAUCAAUGGGUGGUGUCGGUGGUGGCGGCAUGGGUGGCGUGGCGGGUACGGGUGGAGUGGCUGGUGGCGUGGCGCCGUGUCCGUACACGCCGCCCAACCCGUACAGCAUGUACCGCGCGGAGCCGUGCGCUGCGAUGUCAUCGUCGAUUGCGUCGCUGCGGUUGAAGGCCAAGCAGCAUUCAUCAGGGUUCGGUGGUGGGUACGGCGGAGUGUCGCCGGUGUCGCGCGCUGGCUCGGCGCCCCUGUCGGCGUGCCAGUACGCGGGUGGCGUGGCGGAGCGGCUCUGAGAGGAGGCGCGGGGGCGCGACGAGCGCGAGGGUGCCGUGCUGGCGCGCGCCUCCUAGUCGCCGCCCGCGCCGCGCCCGCCGCCCCUGUACUCGCACCUGUGGGACUGGUUCGACUGACGCGCGCGCAGCCUGCGCCCCGCACCUGUGCUGGUGCUGGACGUUACUUACGAUACCUCGGGCAAUAAAACAUUACGAUGUCGUUCUAAACUUAUUGUAAAUAUGUAGUUAUGUAUGUACGUAUACCAAAGCGAUGUGUGCAAUUUUUACAAGCUUACGAUGUACUUAGGUUAUGUAAUGUAAGUGUUUUAGCUUAAAAUCGAAAAUGUAAAUAUAUAAACUUGAUAACUUAUUAAAGACGAAACAAUGAGCAUUUGAGUAAUAGUGAAAUUAUAGCAAUUGUAAGACUUUGUUCCAAAGUGUCAGUGUUUUGUGUUAUACUUAUUGCAGAGGUGAUGUUGGUACUGUAUGCUCCCCUCUCCACUUGAUACAUUAUCGCGCUACGCAUUUAACACAUGCAUAUCAAAACAUAUAUCAGUAAAGUAAAAACAA